AUGAAUAAAGAAUUAUUAAUCUAUAUUGGAUCACAAUUAUCACAUGUACGAAUAUAUCCAUUAUUUGAUAUGUGUCAUUAUUUAGUGACUGCUUUACAAGUACGAGAUGAUAUACAACAAUAUCAAGCAGCCACACAAAAUUUUACACGUCGUCAUCCAUUAUCAUGUUGGAUAUCGACAAUAAUACUAUGUUUUUCCGGUUCAAUUUUAACGAAUUUUCUACUUGGUGAAAGUCUAUUAAAAGAUUUUAUUCAUCAUCAACAUCUUCUAUUAGCUACAGUAUGUUGGUAUUGUGUAUUUUAUUUCCCAUUUGAUUCUAUGAAUUAUUUAUUACGAUUUAUACCUUUUCGUCUUAUUAUUGGUAUUGGAAAAGAAAUUCAACGAACAAAAAAAAUCUAUGAUGGUGUACGUUUAACUUCAAUUUUAUAUCCCGAUAGUUAUAUUAUUGUUGUAAUCAUUGGAGCUAUUAGAGGCUGUGGUGAAUCAAUAAUGUCAUCUGUUGAUCGAUUUAUUCGUGGUGUAUGGUUACCUUCACAACAUGAAUUUCUUUUUCCAUCAUUGUAAGUUAACUUAUAAUAGUAUUCAUCAGUGGCAU